AUGUCGUCGUCCCCUACAUUGAAGGUGCUUCUCUUGGGUGACCCGUUUGUAGGCAAGACAUCGCUACGUGCCCAGUACAUUCAUCAUGUCUUUUCUAACUCGUACAGAGAAACCGUGGGUGCUGAUUUCCUAUCUAGAAGGCAGACUGUCGGUGAUGAUGGCGAUUCCGAAGUGUUCCUCCAGAUAUGGGAUACAGCUGGCCAGGAAAGAUUCAAAUCUUUGGUUAAGAAUUUUUACAGAGGAACAGACGUGGCGAUAUUCAUGUAUGAUGUUUCUCGUCCUUCCACUUUCCACAAUUUGACAACGUGGAUUAAUGAAUUUAUUGAAAAUGUCCACACCUCCAACCCUUCAAUAGUGGUUGUUGGUAAUAAAUGUGACAAACCAAUUACAGACCAUUUGAUCAGUAUCAGACAGUGCAAAGAGCUUUUGAGCGAACAUUAUGUUGACCAGUAUAUUGACGACUUGAAUCAUGAUAUUUUUUACAUGUCCGCCAAAAGCUUUACGGAAACUGAAAACUUAUUCAAAAGAGUGGCUGCUUUGGGGCUACAGAAUCUGCAAAACAAUCAGAAUAAUACUAUGAUGACAUUUGAUAGAGUCGAUAUCAGUGAACCUCGAGAUGGAACUGAUGGAAGAGGCAGGUCCCUGGGUUGUUGUUAA